AUGCCAGUUUUCCUCAGUUUGCUACUCAGCUAUGUGACAGAGCUGUCAGAUAGAAUCAGGGCGAAAUCCUCCCCUGAUGCCGAUGGGAUUGAAGAUUCGGCUGACUUUGUGAGCUUCUUUCCAGAUUUUGUGUGGACACUGAGGGAUUUUUCCUUAGAUUUGGAAGCAAAUGGACUACCCAUCACAGCAGAUGAGUACCUGGAGAAUUCACUCAAGCUUAAACAAGGUACCACUCAAAGUGAUCAAAAUUUUAAUCUGCCCCGUCUCUGUAUCCGGAAGUUCUUCCCAAAGAAGAAAUGCUUUAUCUUUGAUCGACCUACUCACCGGAAGAAGCUAGGCCAGCUUGAGACAUUGCAUGAUAAUGAGCUGGAUCCUGAAUUUGUGCAACAAGCUGCAGUCUUCUGUUCCUACAUCUUUAGCAAUUCCAAAAUUAAAACUCUUUCAGGAGGCAUCAAAGUCAAUGGACCUCGUCUAAAGAACCUGGUGCUGACCUAUGUCAAUGCCAUCAGCAGUGGGGAUCUGCCCUGCAUGGAGAAUGCUGUCCUGGCCUUGGCCCAGAUCGAGAAUGCAGCUGCAGUGCAAAAGGCCAUUGCUCACUAUGACCAGGAGAUGAGCCAGAGGGUGCAGCUGCCCACUGAAACCCUCCAAGAGCUGCUGGACCUGCACAGGGCCUGUGAGAAAGAGGCCAUCGAACUCUUCAUGAGCAGUUCCUUCAGAGAUGUAGACCAUUUAUUUCAAAAGGGCUUAGCGGCCCAACUAGAAAAAAAGCGAGAUGACUUUUGUAAACAGAAUCUGCAAGCAUCAACAGAUCUUUGCUCAGAUUUACUUAAGGAUAUUUUCAGUCCUCUAGAAGAAGCUGUGAAGCAUGGGAUUUAUUCUAAACCAGGAGGGUAUCGUCUCUUCAUCCAGAAGAUGCAAGAGCUAAAGAGAAAGUACCUUCAGAAACCUAGGAAGGGGAUACAGGCUGAAGAGGUUCUUCAGGAAUACUUGAAGUCCAAGGAGUCUAUGACUGAUGCCAUUCUACAGACAGACCAGACUCUCACAGAAAAGGAAAAGGAGAUUGAAGUGGAACGUGUGAAAGCCGAAUCUGCACAGUCUGCAACAAAAAUACUGGAAGAAAUGCAAAUAAAGAAUCAGCAGAUGAUGGAACAGAAAGAAAGGAGCUAUCAGGAACAUGUGAGACAAUUAACUGAGAAGAUGGAGAGGGAUAGAGUCCAGUUGCUGGAAGAACAAGAGAGAACUCUAGCUUUAAAACUUCAGGAACAGGCCCGUCUACUAAAGGAAGGAUUCCAAAAUGAGAGCAAACAACUUCAUAAUGAGAUACAAAAUCUCCAGAAGAACAUGGAAAAGCCAAGGAGAAUAUGCCUCAUAAGCUGAAGACCUAAAGAAUAGAGCUUUUCUGGUCACUCUUACCCAAGGCAUAACUUAAGUAAUUUUUGAAUUUGUAAAAAUAUCAUUACAUUUGAAAGUAAUCAGGUCUUGCAUUUUUAUAACAUUAGAAAUUUGCAAAGACAUGCAGUACUAUAAUUAAAAUCAUGUCCAUCUUCCUAAAAAUAUUGUAAGUUGUGUAACAAAGUUCAGUUUUACCUCUCUAACAACACAGAAGGUAUCUGAGCUGUACCAUUCAAGAGCAGUUUAUUUCUCUGGGUGACCAUUAGUUGACAAAUGGAUACUGAGCCAAGUCUUAGGUAAAACUUUAAGAACAUAGUUGGGCGUCAGUUUGGCCAAGUGUUCAAUGGGUUUCAGUGUCAGGGACAACCAUCCUAGCUUUUUAGUGAAGACUAUGCAGUUUUCUAUUGUAUCCCAACUGCACAGUCUGAGCAGUUAAGUGAUCACUAGGCCCUAGGAAUGGACAACCCUCCUUGAUGGAUUCCAAGCUGAAGCAAACCACCUUAGAUAGAGAUCUAGAAUCUCUACAGAAUUUUCAUACAAAGAUGGAAGAAACCAUUAGCAUGAGUAGGGGUUGGGUCACAAACAAAUGGGCUAAAAAACGAAACACUCCUUUCUUGCUCGAUUUACCCAGAUUAUAACUUUAAUGAGACACUUUAGAAUUUUAGAUAAUUGCCACUGGGCUGAACAUGGUAACAUGAUGGCAAUUAUGCAUUGUGUAUUCAUAACAAUGUAUAAUUCACAAAGAUGGACCUUAAAUGAUGACAGAUAAUGUAUUAGAAACUGAACCAAAUUAUUAGAUCGUUUAUAAUCCUAUAAAUUAGGCAAUAUUUUCCCAAUUCUUAACAGUCUAUACUUGAAAGUUUACUGAUUUUCCCCAAAGAAAUUAUAGUUUGUUUUUUAUAUUUUUUGACCAACAAAAUAAUGCUUUUGGUAUUACUUAGUAUAUAUAGGCUUUAUCCUAAUUUUCUAAAAUCCUAGGUAAUGGUUGUUUCUUAAAAAUGAUUAAAAAUUAUUUUCAAGCUGAAAAUAAAAUGUGCUUCACUAGGCUUUUUAUUUCUGAUAGUUUUUUUUUUCAGUUUUCACCAAAAAAUAAGGCUUUACUCUUCAUAGCAAUGUUGGCUAACUUUUCUGCAAAAGACCAGAUGAUAAUUAUUCAUGGCACUGUGGGCCCUACAGUUUCUGUAUCAACUGCUCAACUCUGCCAUGUAGUGUGAAAACAGUCAUAAACAAUAGAUAAAUGCAUGGCCAUGGCUGUGUUCCAGUAAACCUUUAUUUUAAAAAAUAGGUGGCACCCACAAACCAUAGUUUCCAGAUUAUUGCUCUAUUAAACCAUUGGUCAAAUACUAUGUAUCUGCCUUAUGUUGCUUACAUUUCUAAGGGAACGUGCAUUAAAUUGUAUGUUAGGAUCUUGUAAAUAUUACACAAUGUUUCAGUAUAUUACAAGUUGAGAGAAAUAUAGGGAAGCAGCUAAAUGCCAUUAAAUCCACAUUAAUAAGCCUGCUUUUUCUGAUUGCAUGGGGACAUAUUAUUCCAUUAAACCUCCUUGCAUCCCAUCAAAUGGUGAAUGCCUCUUUCCACAGUUGAGAACAUGCUACUAAGCAGUAUUUCUUCACUUGCCUGCAACUUCAUAGGAGACCAGGUGAGAUGCACAGCAUGUGUGUAAGUAUACACACAGACCCACGGUGCUUAUGUAAAUAUGCUUUAUAUUUUUCUUUUCCAAGCUGCAUUGCAACAAAGGAGUAAAUAAAAUACAUUUUUAUAGACUAAAGAAACUUCAUGGUAAAGAAACACUUAUCCUUUCUUUUAUUAAUGUGGUGUAUCAUGUUGAUUGAUUUGGGAAUAUUGAACCAGCCCUGCAGCCCAGUAAUAAAUCGCACUUGAUCAUGGUGAA